GAGCCCGCGGUGCGGCGCCCGGAGAGCCGGCGCCCGGGAGAUGCGACGCGAAGACCUCGCCACAGCGCAGGCAGUGGCCCCGCUGCCCCCGCGAGAAGCCGGCCCGAGCAGGCUGGUUCUUCCCAGUAAUCUUUUCUGAGUGUCUUCAAUCUGAGCUCCAAGGGUUUCCCAGUGGGAACAGUACUGCAAGAAGAGUUCCAGAGUAUUCUUUGAGAGGAAGUCCAUGGGGACUGUACCUGACCCUCUGGGACCAGCCAAACCUUCCCUGCUUGCACCUGCUGGAAAAGAGGACCCUCCAGGAGAGCUGCAGACUGCCUCCGCUCGGCUGCAACCACCUUUGCUGUGCAAGAAUGCCAAUGGCCUCUCUGGUGCCCCCACAGAAGCAAACCUUAACCCCAGUCCAGCUGCCAAAGCCCUGAUGCAGACCUGUGAGCAUGAGACCACCCAACCAGCUAUGUCUUCUCCCGGCAUUCCCAAGGAAGUGGAGAGAGUACCUCCCACACCAAACUCCUCUGACCAAUCCCAGCUACCAGGCAAUAAUGAGCUGGCAGCACCAGCACUGAGUUCUGCAAACAGAUGUGAGGACCCUAUACACAUACCAUGUGUGAUCUUAGUCAAUCAGCCUAACCAUGCCCCAACCCCUGGUGAUCAUCCCAGUGCCAGCCCUUCCCCUGGAGGUGAAAACCCUCUGGUAAGAUCCCAGAGAACCUCACAGGGAGAGCAACCUGAGAAGUCAAGUUGUCCCGUAGGGCACACCUGUGAGAGCAGCCAUGAUCAAGGGUCCUGUGAUUUUUCCUCCCAAGGAGCAAUCCAGGAAAGGGUGCAAGUGCCAGAGACAGCAGUUAGGGAGUCCAGUAUUUCACCUCCUCCUGCAGGUGGACCUGAAGCCAGCUGUGACUCUACGACAAGGUCCUGCAAACAUCCCCCAAGAGAGGAUGAAGGUGCCAAGGAGAGACAGCCAUCUUGCACUGCCUCAGACAUGCCAGGUGUACCUUCUGUAAUGUCUACACCAUCCCAUCUCCCAAGCAACGGCUCCACAUGCUCUGCAGCUUCAGAGACGGUGCUACUGCCCACACAGCCACAAACAUCGAGGUACAAAGAAGCCAGUACGAUGACCAGCCAUGCUGAAAGUGAGCUCACGGAAGUCCCUGGCAGAACUCGGCAAGAUGCCGAGGUGCAGGCAGUAGCAAAUGUAGAGAGCAGAUCAGUCUCCACCAGCCCCAGCAUCCUAACGGCAUUCUUAAGAGAAAUCCCUGCUGCAGAGUGUUUGGAACAACAAGAGCAGCUGCGUGUCAUUUGUCAUGGCCAUGGCAAUGGGAGCCCCCGGUUGGAGCUCUCCGACCCUUUAUUAGGCUCCCAGCAGGCGGGUCAAUACCCUGGCAUCAUGCCGCAGGUGCACAUCCAGACAGCUGCAGUUGUUUCUUCAGCAUUCCAAGUAGAACAUAAACCAGCCAGCUCACCUGGUGAGGUCCUUAAAAUCUCUUCGAUCAACAUGGCCUCUAGUCAUGCCCAGGGUGUGUGUAAAGAAGACAAGGAGUCAGCAGGAAAAAGUACAGAGAGGGAACAGCCAACCUCAAACCUUUCAGGUAUCAAUUCUGGCUUCAACCAGAGUUCUCUCCACGCAGUCAACCAAGCAGAAGCAAGUCCUGGAUGCUGGGAUUCUGCCAGCAAGCUGCCAGAGCACGCAGGGAAACUCGAAGAUGGCCACAAAGCAAGCUCAGACUGCACACUCACUCCAUCUUGUGACCCUGUCAACAAAGCUGACCAGUCCAGCAGCCCGGAUCCCAAUGAUCAAAGAAGUACAAAGAAGACUGCAUCUCCCCAGGUGGUAAGAGAACAAGAUACUGAUACCCUUGAUGCCAAAACUCAAACUCUAUUACUCAAUCCUAAAACCCAAGAAAGUGGAGGCACAUGUCCACCUGCUACUCCCACACCAUCCCCAGUUAGAAAGAACCAGGAGAUCACCUUAGAAGAAAACCGACAGACCAAGACGGCCACCAGCCUGUGCCUGCCGUGCGAUGCCAUCGGAGACUCCAGCCCCGGCUCUGGCAAGAGGACCCCUUCUCGCUCCGUCAAGGCCAGCCCACGCCGGGGCAGCAGGGUCAGUGAGUUCCUAAAGGAGCAGAAGCUCAACGUGACGGCAGCCGCCGCGCAGGUGGGAUUCACCCCAGGCGAGAAGAAGAAGCAGCUUGGCGCGGACUCUAAGCCCCACCUGAAACAAUCCAAGCGUGUCCGGGACGUCAUGUGGGACGAGCAGGGAAUGACGUGGGAGGUGUACGGUGCUUCCCUGGACCCCGAGUCCUUGGGAAUCGCCAUCCAGAACCAUUUGCAAAGACAAAUCAGGGAACACGAGAAAUUAAUCAAAACUCAAAGUGGUCAGUCCCGGAGAUCCAUUUCCUCAGAUACGUCUUCAAAUAAGAAGCUCAAAGGGAGGCAGCACAGUGUUUUCCAGUCUAUGCUGCAGAACUUUCGACGUCCCAACUGCUGCGUUCGUCCUGCCCCUUCUUCUGUGCUAGAUUGAAAGGGGGCCCCUGUGGAGUUCGUGUAGACAUCUGGCCUCCCUUCUCCUGGUGUGGCUGUCAGUGUCAGUGCUGACUUUGUAGGGUGUUCCGGGUUUUUUGUGUUUUUGCUUUUGGAAAAACCAGAAAGAAAGAAAAAAAAAAAGUAAACUACAGGAUUUGCAAAUUUAAAAAGAAAAAACAGUGGGUUCUCUGACUGGAGCGCUAUUAUAAUCAAGUGUCAUUUCAAUUGGAAAGGACGAGAGAGGAGAAGCAAAUUUCAUGAAAAAAUUUGCAAGCUUAAGUGGAAAUGUGGUUUUAUGUAAAACGUGAUGUUGUUUAUAGAAAUAGCAUUAUCAUGCAUAUGCCAUUUUGUAUGACUGCCUAAACUGAUCAUGCAAUGUUAUUUCUAUUAAAAUCCCUCCCUUGUAUUCAAAUGUAGAAAAAAUUACUGUCAAAUAUACUGCUAUAUUUCUAGCCCUAUUAUAAUAAGAAUGCUUAUACCACACAAGAUUUAAGUAGGUAAUAAGAACCAUAAUGUAAAAGAAGUAACAAAUUUGACUAAUUCCUAGCCCAUAUAACAAUAAAUAAAGCAUUUAACUAAAAAUGCUAAAUAUGAAUUAGUACUUGUAAACAUCUAAAGAUAAUCCUUUUUCUAAAUCUUGUUAUAGUUGCUCACAAAUCCAGAAAAUUGUAUUAGGAAAAUUAGCUAGGACUUAGAAUAUGAAUACUGCCUCCACCAGACAUGGGUCUAUGGAUACACAGUGUCCUGUGCUAAAAGCAGUGUGUCUGUGAUUCCAACCAAAUUCAAAUUUUCUCAAUCUGAUGCCCCAGAGAAAGUAAGUACAUGGGACUGAACACCUGAAAAAGAGUCGUUGAAUUAGACAGAAGGCCAAAUUUUAUGUUGUACAAUGAUAAUACUAAGGUCCUGGUUCAAAAUUAUCAAUAAUAGAGUACCCAACACUGAUGUGUGUUAGUUAGUAACAGGAAAGCCUCAUGGGAAACAAACAAUAUGUUUAAUCUAGAGUCCAAUAAACAAGGUGCAAUUUGUGUUGUUCUUUCAGUUUGGUUCAAUAGCUUCUAAUGGCCAAAGUAGUCGACAAUAAAUAUAACAAAAAUUCCCUUAGAGGUUUUAUAUGCACACUAAUAUCAGCUCAUUUCAUUGAGCUUAUCAUUUGGACUUAAAGGGGUAGCUUCUCCAGAUUGAUUUUAAGAGAAACACAAUUGCAUCUCAUCCUUCAACCUCAACUAAAGGAGAAUCUUUUAUGAAAAGAUGGUUUGAGCCUCAGGUGGGUUAUGCUGCUUCAAAACAUAGGCACGUGCUAAAUCUUGGCCCUCACGUGUUGCUAAGAAAAGGGGGUGUCCCUGAGACAUAUGAGAGUCCUAGAGGCACUGGUCUGCCUUGUCCUAGGUGUGACCAGCAGUGGUUUGAGAAUUGGGGUCGAGUGUAAAAGGGGAAUGGACACAGGCCUGAGAGGCUUCCUUUCCUGGAUUAAUCAUAGGGUGAGCAUUGAUCUCCACCUUGCAUUUAGAAAGGCUGUUGAGUAUUGUGGGGGCUGUUGACUUCUCUGAACUCAUUCCCCUCAUGACCUAGAAGGGGCUCUCUGUCCAGAGACUCACCAGUACCACUUGUACAAUGAAUUCACAAUACCCAUUUGGCUUUUUUCAUUCUAUUUAGCAGAUUCUGAGUGGAUGAAGGGGUGAGCUAAUUAUACAUAAACUUGAAUGCUACGAGCUAAUGCAAAUGCCACCUGAAUUAGCAAGGGCCAAUGAUAAUAAAUAAAUAACUAGAUGUUUUAAAGAAACCUUUGAUUUCUUUUGACAUGACUGUAUCCUUUUUGGAGUAAAGGAGCUAUAAUUUCAGUUGUUAUGCUUGGAACUUAAUAAUGAAUUAUUUUUUUUAAAAAAAAAGAAGGCCCAGUUGUCAAUUUCUUAUUGACCUCUCUUAAGAAUAGAAUUAUCUAAAGUAGAAAUCACCAUCUAAUUAUCAAACUGCUAAAAUAAUUGGAGAUAAAAACCUCAAAAUUCUGUCUCUGUUGACCUUUUGUAUCCAUUCAGAGGUGUGCUCAUGUCACCCUAUAUCCGAUGUGUUGGCCGGGACAUAAUUUUACUCCUAGCCCUGCAUGCUCACUGGUUGUCUCCCUUUCACAUUGGCACACAAGCAGUGUGGACACAACGUGUACCUGCUUACACAGUGGCAGCUGUCAGUACUGCCCACUGCUGGCUGGGUAUGCCCCAGGUAAUCCUCUGCUGUGGUUGGCAAGAAUUGGGUGUUCCUGCAUCAAACGAAAAGAGAAGCAAGAAUUCAGUAUCCAGUAGUAAUAUUUAUUUUCAUGAGUUUAGAGUCACCACAUGAUUUAUGAAUACUGAAAUGGACCGGGGGCCUAAGGGCGUUAUAGCCUCCUGUUUCAUGUGAAAUAGAUCAAAACUGAUCAGACUGGGAUUGGAGCCAUGCUUUCAUGUGCAUCUCACAUGAAAACUUGAAGAAGAUAUUUGACGCAAUUUUAACUCAUUUUCACUGGUGCUAAAAUGAAAUUCUUUACCCCUACAACAGUUUAGAAAUUACCACAAUAUAGUACAGAAGCUUUCUCAUUUUGUUACUUCUUGAGUCUUACAGAACUAACAGCUUUUAGAAACAGAGAAAUGUAGCAUCAGGGGAUAAAGUCAUGAGUCUAUUCAAGGAAGCCAUGUUUCCACAUUACAAAAUCCAUCCUAAGUUACUUUUACAAUAAAACUUUAUUUGAAAAUCUUCCUUCACUUCAAAUUGUGACACAGCGUUAGACUUUCCGUUCAGCAUUUCUAGUAUCUCAGGAUCCCUCAAAAGAAGUUGUAAGGCAGCCUUCCCUCCUCAGUUAAAAUUCCUUACUUGACCUUGCAUGGUUUAUGUUGAAGAUGGCUUCUUGCUGUCCUUAAUUUCUUUUGGAUGUAAUUUGGUUCUAUUUGAGUUUGUGAAAUACAUGGAGAAAAUAUUGUAUGUGAUCAGAAUUAGACAAUACUUCUGAAACAAGUGACAGCUAAAGCCAAAAUGUGGCUGUCAGAUAAGAUUGAGUUUGAGAGGCGAGAUAUCAGGUGAAUACUAGAAUCUGUUAUUUUAAGAUUGAUUGACCUGCUUUUAUUAUCGUAAAAAUGGCUAGCUUCAGCCAUCAUGUCUGAGAAGUCAUGUUGUCUUAAAGCUUGCCGUCUAAUGAUGUCAUUAUGCACUAUUGGUAUUUUAUGCCACUGCAACUAUUUUAUGUACAGUAAAAGCUGGAUUAACCUCUGUGUGGGGAUCAAUGACAGUAAACAGCGGCAGUCUGGGAGCGUUUCCUUAAUUCAUGUUUAGCCAGAAACUUUUCGUUUGCAUCCUAAAUGGAAUAUGCUAUAAAACAUCUUGGUAUGUUUCCCACCUUGACAAGUUAAGCAAAGUUGAAUGUAAUCUGAUGUUACUGAUUUUUGAUCAUGGUAAUUAUCUGAUAUUCCCUGUUUCAGACACCAUAGUCUCCAAGCUUUUUUAAACAGCAAAAUUGAAAUGAAUUGAACUGAAUAUGCAAGUAUAGCAUGUACCCUCCAGGUUGGAUUUUGGAAUCAAAUUCUUAAUCAGAGUCUGCCAACUUAAAAAGGAAAUUAGAAGAGGAAAAUUUCAUUUGUUACAUCCCAUAGUAUUGAGAUUUUACUGUUCCUAGCCUGUCUUAAUGAAAUUUCUCUCAUUUCUGGGAAUGCCUAUUAUUCUUGGAGUACCUGUACAUAUACCAUACAGCACUAGUAUAUAAUGUGGCAGAGGUUAUAUAUGAGUGUGCUGUUAAUGUGAAUCUGCAGCCUUUGCUGUAUCCAAUCUAUUACUGUGUUGCUGCCCAAACAUGGGAAACUAUCGUCUUCUUUCCUCAUAUAUAUAUAGUGUGUGCGUGUCAAAAAAACAAAGCCAAAUUGCCCUUUCAUACUACCACAGAAUUCACCACAUCCUUCCUCUACAUUUUUAUAAUCACUAUAAAGAAAAAACAGUACACUAGGAUAAGGUUUGCAUAUAUAAACGUGCUUUUAGUGCAAAUUGGGCACUUGUAGCCUUGUGUAGCCCUCCACCUGCCCAAUUUACUAAUUAUCCACAAUGCUGCCAUGGAGAUGAAAGUGUUUACUCUCUCCUGCUUUGUCCUAAGUGGUGUUUCAGAAAUAAGGCCUGUGAAUUUCCCUUUGUGGUAAUACAGUGAAACCAGCAAUAUCUUGCUAGGUGAGCUGACCAGUUUGUCCCAACCUCUGUUCCUUCUGCAUGGUGAAGGCAAAGUCUUGUUCAUGUCUGCUUCAAUGCUUACUACUUUUACAUUGGUAUCUGUGAGAGCUACUUUCCAUUAACAAUGUUCCUUGAUGUCCUGUGUGAUCCUUUUGGUUGAUUCUCUCCAAACAUGAGUCAGCUACUGCCACCUGGCAAACAGCAGGCCAGAUGCUGAAUCUCCUGUCCAUCCUUGUAACAAUAUCAUUCUUAAAGAAAUUCUGCGACUGGCUAGGUAAUUACAAAUGUCAUCUGUGCAGACGCAUGGGCUCAAGGAUAUCUACACCAGUUGAAACAUUUUUACCAAAGCGGGGAGGUGGGGAGAUAUUCUUGUAAAUACUGAAACAGAUUUCCAUGAACUUUAUUCUAAUCUCUGGAAAGAAAAAAAAUUUUUCUCUGUGCUACAGAAAUCAAAUAAGCUUGUUUUGCUUUGACUAAGGACAUAAAUAAAUGAAGACAAAUUGAGGGGAAAAAGUUCUGUCUCACAAGUAAGCAGUGAUAUAUGCCAGAGGACAUUACUGCUGCAUUUAACUGUGAACAUCCACCAGCCAAGCUACUCACUUGUCACAACCAACUAACCUCUCUCCGAGUAAAUCCAGUGCAUCUGUAUAUAUGUGUAGAUAGAAACAACAAGAAAUCCUGAAAUAUUGCCUUUGGCUGUUAGGUAAAUCAAACUGAUGGUAAUUAUAAAGGAUUUAACUUGGGGAUUUUACUAUGGGGGCCAGAUGGUGCAACACGAUGUUAUUUACAAAAUCUUCUAAGACCCAGAUAUCUCAGAUGCUAACCAUGAGAAUAAAGACUGUUGAAUUUGAAAUUAAAGUCAAGCAACAAUGUGCCAAAAAGAGGCAAUUAUACCAGCAAGUGCAUCUAUGACAGGCACACCAUCGUACAAUUAUGGCUUGCUCUAAGAAGACUGUAACCCCAAAAUAAAAUAAGCGAAUGCAGAAUUUUGGCUUUCUUGCUGGAAAACUUUGUUUUGGAGCUCUGCAAAGAGGUAAAACACCAGAGAGAAUCAGUAGAGAUGUUAUUAUCAUCUCUGUGUUCAUGGUAGCCAAGGCAGAUGAGAAGCUACUCCAAGUCUUGCUGGCUUAAUACUCAAGAUUGCUCCCACAAGAAGCUUUGUCAAACUGAAGGGGUUAAACUUAAUAGCAAUUGUGCAUCAUAGGCUUUUGUGUGUAGGAAAGUAAUUCAGUUAACUUGGCCCAGAGGGUUACCAGCCUGCUAUGAAAACUGGGCUCCCAAAUGUAAAAUUACUAAAACGUGGAAACUUGCAUCAAAAGGGGCCUCAUAUAAUGCCUUACAAGAAAAUAAUGUUCCAGCUGAGUAUUUCUAAGUAUGGAUUCUUUGAGUAUCCUUCUGGAUUCAAAUUCAAAAUCUUGGCUGCAACAUUGUAGGAAUUAGAAUCACAUAUUCUACACUUCAAAAAAAAAUAUACUACCGAUAAGCUACUGUGAUGGUAAUUUCAAUGUUAUAGCAGAGUGAUUUAGGCAUAUUAGAAAGAGUUAAAUGGGAGAGAAAUUUUAACUUCAUGCUUGAUCUCUUAAAUGUGGAAUAUCAUCAAUUGCUUUCCAUGGUGAAAAUUGUAGUUUGCCUUUUUAUACCACUGCUUCCAUCACUCUUGUUACUUUAAAAGUUCAAAUGUCCAGUCUUAUAAAAAUUUUAACAGUUAAACAAUUUCUUUCUGAAUCAUCUGUUUGCUGUUAAUAAGAACAUGUGUAAAGGCUGUAUGUAAACUAUUUUGAAUAAAUAGAAAGGACUUCUCCAUUCCACAUAGUAUCUUAAUAACUGAUUCAUAUUGCUUAUCAUUUACUGCAGAUCACAUUAUUAAUUAAAUUAUUUUUAUAAUGUUUUUCUUCAUGAUUUAAAUGAGAUUCAGGCUCCCAAAUAUCAGUGAGACCUCCAAAUUCUUUGAGGAAAGGAGAGACUAAUUUCUGUUUUCGGGACAUCUGGAGAUAACUUUUGCUAAGGUUGAGAAAGCUCCACAUGGCCUGUAACCUCAAGAGAAAUACAUACUCACAAUUCCUAAAUCUCUACACAUAUUUAGUUCUGUGGUACUAACGUGUGAACAGUAUGUAGUACACAAUAUUAAAGCUAAUUGUGCUACGUCAGUACAUUCUGUAAGCUCAUAGUCAGCAAGUGAUCAGUUUACUGUUAUUAUGUGUAGAAAAAUACACCACACUGCAUCCAAUUGUAAGGCUGAUUUCUGUCACUGGGUGGGCACACACAUGAAAAUGAAUAAAACCAACAAAAGUCUGCAUGUAUAUUCAGUAAUGGAAUUUGUCUUUUCAUUUCUGAAGGCUGGAAAGGGCUGCUUUUUGUUUUGCCUUUCUUUGUGUGUGUCAUUUCUGAAACUAGAUAACAUAAUUAUCACAAGAGUUUAAUAUAGUAAUCCAUAGAUCAGCAUGUUAUUAAAUAUGCCAGGACUAAUUAACCACACCAUUAGGCACAGGUAAGGUCAGUUCUUUGACCACCAGAAUGAUUUACAUGCAUCACACAUCCUCUCUGUGUUAUGUGUGACUAGGAUGUACAUACUAUGAGUGUGAUUGUGUACAUACCUUGUAUGAAUUAUUUAAAUCCUUAAAGCAAUUACAGGAAAGCAGGAAGAAGAAACAGUUGUGCACACACCACAAACAAGCUAAUCAAUAUGUUUCUUCAUUUUCUAUACAUAAGAAGAUACUUACAACAUCAGCAUCAAUCGCUUAGCCACAUGUAUGUGCACAGAAACACAUUCACACUAGUGUAUUCAAGUAAAUCUAAAAUCAGAGUGACUAAUUAAGUGACAACUUUCCCUGACAGUUCUGUAACACAUGUUUCAUACUGGGCCAGACCCUCUCCUUGUUGGGUGGUGUUUCCCUUGUAGCAGGUUUUCUGCUUAGGAAAUUCAAAUCUCACUGAGCUGUUAAAACCCUUACUAAAGCCAGAACCUGA